AUGAAGAAAGAGGGUGAUAUCGAUAUCGAUAGGUUAGGGAUGAGUGAGCUUGUGUCACCAAGCAGUGGUGACUUGGAAAUGAAGUUUAGCGAUAAUACGGUGACUAAAGAAGUGGAGGCCGAUUUGGAUGAUAGAACAUCAGGAAGUUGUAGUAAAAGGCGGACUUUGUUAACAAGGAUGGUGGAUUCUUUUAAACCUCCAUUAGAUGGGUCUUACCAUUCGGAUAAUUUGAAGAGGAAGUUAAAAUCCAGACAUUUGAUUAUGAUAGCCAUUGGUGGAUCCAUUGGUACUGGUCUCUUUGUUGGUUCAGGGAAGGCUUUGGCUGUUGGUGGGCCACUUGCUAUGAUUAUUGGCUGGCUAAUAGCGGGUUCGCAGAUGGUGGGGACCAUUCAUGGAUUGGGUGAAAUUACGAUUAGAUUUCCUGUCGUUGGAGCGUUUGCUAACUAUGGUACCAGGCUUUUGGAUCCUAGUGUCAGUUUUAUGGUCAGUUCGAUUUACAUUUGCCAAUGGUACUUUGUUCUUCCGAUAGAAUUGAUUGCGAGUGCGAUGACGGUGCAGUAUUGGACUACCAAGGUGGACCCUGUCGUUUGGGUAGCUAUAUUUUGGGCAUUAGUGGUUUGUAUCAAUUUGGUAGGUAUUAAAGGAUUUGGUGAAGCGGAGUUUGCCUUUUCUCUUAUUAAAGUGGUUACUAUCUUGGGGUUCAUUAUUCUUUCUGUGAUUCUUAUUUGUGGAGGUGGUCCAAAACACGAAUUCAUCGGUGGAAGAUACUGGCACCACCCGGGUGCAUUGGCCAAUGGAUUCAAAGGUGUUGCUAGUGUUUUCGUCACAGCUUCAUACAGUCUUGGUGGUUCUGAGAUGGUUUGUUUAUGUUCAGCAGAAACCGAUCCAAAGGAGUUACCUCAUGCAAUCAAGCAAGUGUUCUGGAGAAUUGUCUUCUUCUUCUUGGUUUCAUUGACACUAGUGGGAUUUUUAGUACCUUACACCAACCAGAACCUAUUGGGUGGCUCUAGUGUGAACAAUUCCCCAUUUGUUAUUGCUAUAAAACUCAACGGUAUCCAUGUGUUACCAUCCAUUGUGAAUGCUGUGAUCUUGAUCAGUAUUUUGAGUGUCGGAAACUCGUGUAUCUUUGCUUCAAGUCGUACAUUAUGUUCAAUGGCCCAUCAAGGCCUCAUUCCAAGAGUGUUUGGAUACGUUGACAGAGCUGGUAGACCAUUGGUGGGAAUCAUCGUCAACGCUUUGUUCGGUUUACUAGCUUUCCUAGUCAAGUCUUCUUCCAUGGACGUCAUCUUUGAUUGGCUAAUGGCAAUCGCUGGUUUAGCAACAUGUGUUGUGUGGUUAAGCAUCAACAUUUCCCAUAUCAGAUUCAGAAUGGCCAUGAAGGCACAAGGAAGAUCCCUGGACGAACUUGAAUUCAAAAGCUCCGUUGGUGUUUAUGGUUCUAUUUAUUCCGCUGUGAUAAACUGUCUAAUUCUAAUUGCUCAAUUCUACAUAUCGUUGUGGCCUGUUGGAGGUUGGACAUCUGGAAGCGACAGGGCUGAACUCUUCUUCAAACAAUACCUUUGCGCUCUUGUAUUGGUUAUGAUUUUCGUUUUGCAUAAAAUAUACUUCAGAAUAUCUACUGGUAAGUGGUUCGACUUUAAGCCUCUAACAGAAAUCGACUUGGAAACUGAUAGGAAGAACAUUGAUAUUGAAAUCGUAAAGCAGGAAGUAAGAGAGAGAGAAUUCUAUCUUUCAACCAGACCGUGGUAUAUCAGAUUCUACAAUUUCUGGUGCUAG